CGUGGCUAAACCAGCCCACUGUGAGCCGUGUCUCCGCUACGAACCACAGGAUCCAGCUUCUCCUCCGCUACAGGGUAUUUAACACAGCUGGCUCCGUCCCAGCGGAUACCAGAUGAUGACGUGACCUCGGAGCUGCAGGGUCGUGGCGCUCUCAGCUGUCAGAGAUGGAGGACCUGUGGUCUGUGGCUGUAGGCGUGUUCCAGGUGUGGAUGUUCGUGGUGCUGUUCCUCAUCAUGCUGCCCGCCAUGUUUGGCCUCUCUCUGGGAGUCACCGGGGUCUACAUCCAGGUCCUGGUCAAAAUCCUGGAGUGGGCGACCAUACGAAUCCAGCGGGGACGGCAGGAGCAGCCCAGCGUGCCUGUACCUCUGCCCAACGGGAUCAUUGAGCGUGCCGAGGGCUCCAUGGUGGAGGAGCUGGAGCAGCUGAGGAGCUCUCGGUCUCUGGCGGGGGGCGAGUUCGCUCUGAGCGACGCCUUCUACUUCUACAAGAAAGGCCUGGAGAGCAUCGUGGACGACCAGGUGACCCAAAGGUUCUCCUCUGAGGAGCUGGCCUCCUGGAACCUCCUCACCAGAACCAACCAGAACUUCCGCUACAUCAGCCUCCGCCUCACCGUCAUCUGGGGGAUCGGCGUCUUCGUGCGGUACGGCAUCCUGUUCCCUCUCAGGAUAACGUUGGCCAUGAUCGGUCUCUCGUGGCUCGUGAUGGGGACGACUCUGGUCGGGUUUCUACCUGAGGGAAGUGUGAAGAACUGGCUGAGCGAGCUGGUCCAUCUGACGUGUUACAGGAUCUGUGCUCGAGGACUGUCGGCCACCGUCACCUACCACAACAAAGAGAACAGACCUCAGAAAGGAGGAAUCUGCGUGGCAAACCACACCACGCCCAUCGACAUGGUCAUUCUGGCCAACGACGGCUGCUACGCCAUGGUGGGUCAGGUCCACGGAGGUCUGCUGGGGGUCAUUCAGAGGUCCAUGUCCCGGUCGUGUCCUCACGUUUGGUUUGAGAGGUCGGAGAUGAAGGAUCGCCACGCCGUGACCAGCAGGCUGAGAGCUCACGUGGCCGCCAGGAACAAACUUCCCAUCCUGAUAUUUCCUGAAGGAACGUGCAUCAACAACACCUCAGUCAUGAUGUUUAAGAAGGGAAGCUUUGAGAUCGGAGGGACCAUCUACCCCGUCGCCAUCAAGUACGACCCUCGGUUUGGUGAUGCGUUUUGGAACAGCGGGAAAUUCAACAUGGUCAGUUACCUGCUGAGGAUGAUGACCAGCUGGGCCAUCGUGGUCAACGUGUGGUACCUCCCCCCAAUGACCAUACAGGACGGCGAGGAUGCAGCUCAGUUUGCAAACAGAGUAAAAUCAGCCAUCGCUGAUCAGGGAGGACUGCUGGACUUGGCAUGGGACGGCGGCCUGAAGAGAGGGAAGGUGAAGGACUCGUUCAAAGAGGAGCAGCAGAAGAUGUACAGCAGCAUCAUCGUGGGGCAGAACGGCUCUCAGAGCGUCUGCAGAGAGAGCGGCGAGGGGCAGUGACCGCCAUGAGUCACAGAAACAGAGAGAUGUUAGGGAUAAACCCGCCUGCAGGCUCACAGACGUCUGAACUCUUUAUCUCAGUCUCGUUUUAACGUUUUCUUCCUGGAGCCGCUCCGCCUCAGAUCCUCCUCUCUGUCUGUCUGUCUGUGUUUCCACCAGCAGGGGGCAGCAGCAGACCACGCAGCGGUCCUCUUCUUCCUCCUGACCAUCGACGACUCUGACCAGCUGGAUUUUUAAUGUUUUUACUCGGUUAUUUUCGUAUCAUCUCAGAUGUUUUCAGUGUUUGUAUUUUAUGAAGCACAUGUCGUUCUUUUACCUGUGUCAGAUAAAAAC